AUGUGUCUCAUUGACGGUUCUUUUCCUAAACCUUCAAUGUUUAAGAGUUGUUACAAUGCAUGGGUUCUUUGCAAUGAUCUUGUAAUUUCAUGGAUCCUUAAUUCUGUUUCUAAGGAGAUUUAUUCUACUGUCAUCUACAUUACUUCUGCUGAAGUUAUGUGGGAGGAUCUCAAAGAUCGAUACUCUCAAAGAAAUGGUCCUUGUGUUUUUCAGUUGCAAAAAGCCAUUUCCGUUGUCACUCAAGAAAAAUCCUCUAUAAGUCAAUACUUUACUUGUAUUAAGGCUCUCUGGGAAGAACUUAAUAACUAUAGACCUAUUUCUAUAUGCAAUUGUUGCAAUUGUGGUCGUAUGAAGUCCAUUCUUGAGCUCUAUAGCCAAGAAAAAGUUCUGCAAUUUUUGAUGGGUCUGAAUGAUUCUUUUUCAACUGUCAGAGCACAGAUUUUGCUAACAAACCCUCUUCCACCCAUCAAUAAGGUUUUUUCUCUUAUUAUUCAAGAGGAAAAACAAAGGGAAAUAACUGUCAAUUCCAUUAGCCAUGAUACCUCUGCCCUCAUGACUAGAACCCCUAUCCCUAACCCUGUUGCAUCUCCUAUGCCUAAUCCUACUGCCUCACCCAUAUGCCAAUCCCAUGAUCAUGCUGCCUACAUGACCAAAGCCACUUCAUCAGGGCCUAGGUUUUCUAAGCAGAAUUUUAAGAAGGAUCGCCCCAUAUGCUCUCAUUGUGGACUAUCAGAUCAUACUGUUAAAAAAUGUUACAAGGUUUAUGGUUUUCCCCCAGGGUUUAAGUUCACCCGAAGCAAACCAAAUUUUUUUGCUCCACAUUCAUCAAAUCAAGUGCAGGGAACUAAUUUGGCUAAGGUUCAGCAGUUGAGUAAUCCUCCUUUCCAUGAUCUCUGA